AACGUAACAGCAAAAGUAGUAGCGAUAAUGGAAUUAAUUUCAGAGAGAGAGAGAGAGAGAGAGAGAGAGAGAGAGAGAGAGAGAGAGAGAGAGAGAGAGGCAAUAGGGGAAGUGAUGUGGGAACAGGAAGACAAACAGGUCGAAAGUGAGGAGACGAGCAUUGCAGUGUUCCCAUAUCCCACCACCACCACCACGACCUUGCCCCAGCGCCAUGCCUUCCAUCGCUACAACUAUAUAACGCAUGCCUCGUUUCCCUGCACCAUCAGUCACCCCAGUCACCCACUCACUGUCCACACACCUCCACCAUACACCAAGUCAUCAUGUACCUGGGCUGUAUCCUCCUCACCUGCCUCGUUCUGGCUACUCAAGUCACAUCUUUCAUUAAUGUGGCUGAUGUGGAGUGCGGGGUGACUGAUCCUAGCAUUGGGAGUGGUCACCGCACGCCGCGCAUCAAGAACGGGAUGGACGCCAAGCACGGGGAGUUCCCUUGGAUGCUGUCUAUCAGGGUCAACGGAAGGGCCAGCGCUCAUUACUGCGGCGGCGUGCUCGUGCAUAAGAGAUUUGCCCUCACGGCGGCUCACUGCAUUGAAACAAACAAGGACUCACCCCAGUACGUGGCGGUCGCGGCAGGAGACCACGACCGCUUCGACGAAAGCAACAAGUUCAGACAGGUUAUCCAAAUCAAGGAGAUCAUAAUAGCCAAGAACUACUCCAUGAGAUACAUCAAUGACAUCGCGCUGAUGGUGCUGGCCAAGGACGUGCAGUGGAGCCCUUACGUGAAGCCAGUUUGUCUCCCUGAUCCCAAGGCUGACGGAAUGAAGGACUACAUGAACGUGGUUGUAGCUGGCUGGGGCAAAAAGGAUGAGAGUGUUAACGGAGGGAUCGAGCACGCGCGGGUGCUGCAGAAGGUGGUGGUGGGUGUGAUUCCCCUCGCCCAGUGUGAGCAGUGGUACAGCGAAAAGUACGGUCCGAUAUCACUCCACGAGUCCCACCUCUGCGCUGGCUACAAGGCUGGGGGCAAGGACGCCUGUCAGGGUGACAGCGGCGGCCCUCUCGUCAGUCCAGCUGAUGAAUCCGGGCCCAGGACGUGCGUGGGGCUGGUGUCAGCAGGCCAAGGGUGUGGCAGGCCAAAGACGCCAGGUCUGUACACUCGCGUGGCUUGGUUCGUGGAUUGGAUUAAGGAAAACAUGCGAGCCAGGGGUGUUAAUGUGUAGCAUAUCAGGUGCUGGAGUCCUUUAACACCGUGGACAGCGCUGGAUUGUUUUUAAGAGAAUUGGAUAGUGUUAAAUUAGAGAUGGAUUGUGUUAAAAGUAGUUUGAUUCUAAGCAUCUGAUAUUAAAUUCUCAGUGCGUAGUGUACCAGGUGCGUGAAUCGUAUGGACGCCGUGGACAACAGUGUUUGUGCUAAAAAGACGAGUUAGACUUGGUUAGUGUUGCAUUCUGAGAAAUUUGUGGGCUUGAGGUGUUAAUGUGUUAUGGAGGCGCUGGCAUCUUUACGGCACCACUAAGAGCAUCACGUCCUCUUCAGGGGAGGCACCGCGGGUUACCAAGAGGACGACAUUCUUUUUUUUUUUUCCGGAUUCGUAUCAAAUUUGGAGUGUAUAUUUAUGUGCAUCUAAAAAAAUAACACCCUCUGAUUUCAUUAAGAUACGAUCAACAGUUUGGAAGAAAAAAAAAAUCACACCGAGGACUGGGUGUUAAGUAAUGCUCUUGUGUGUAUUUGUGGUGGUCCAGUGUGCGUGGUAGAGGUAGUAGUAGCAGUAGCAGUAGCAGUAGUAGUAGCGGUAGUAGUGUCUAAUAUUUGACGGUAAUAUAUACAUAGAAUAAAUUAAUCAAUGUAAAGUUGAGUACAAGGCAAUGACGAUUAUGUAAAAAUGUAUAAACGAAUGUAGAAAGAAAAUGUAUAUAAUAUUUAUGUAACUGUCUAUAUGUUGAUGUAAUAUUUAUGUAACUGUCUAUAUGUUGAUGUAAAGUGACAAGGAAGCAAACAUUUUUUUUUCUUAA